GAGCCGCAGCAGCCACUGGCGCCCUCCUGGUUGGGGAUGGCCCCCGGUCUGCGGCGCGCCAGAAGCCUCCGGUCGCUCCCUGCGUGGGCGCUGGGCGCGCUGCUCGGGCAGGCGGCACGAGCCGAUGACGUCCUGCAGCUGUUUGGGCACACGGCCGCGCUGGCGGCCACGUCGAGGGGGAAGCCACUGUCCAGGCUCGCGCCGAUCGUUGACCCCACGGGCGACGCCGCCGCCCUCUGCCACGACUUCGAGUGCUCCGGGCCGCAGUCCGCCUGCCGGGACUUCCCGGACCGCGUCUGCGCGUGGUACGCGCCGUGCGGCCACGAGGACCCCCCGGGCCUGCCUGCACAAGCGGCUGCUCCCCGUGAGGUAUCCCGACGCCCAGCUCCUGCUGGCUCUCUUCGCCGUGGCCACGCUGGCCGGGGCCACGGGCAUCGGCGGCGGGGGGGUCAACGUGCCCUUGUUGAUGAUGUUGAGCGGCUUCGACAUCAAAGAGAGGCAGUGCCCAUCUCCCAUGUCGCGGUCUUCGGCAACGCGCUGGUCCAGCUGUUCGUUAACGCUCCCCAGCGGCAUCCAGAGAUGCCCCAGAGGCCGCUCAUUCACCACGAGAUGGCGUGGCUGAUGAUGCCCACCAUGCUCGGGGGCAACUCGCUCGGCAUCGUCGUCGGGAAGAUGCUCCCCCCCACCCUGCUCGUGGUCCUCGCCCUCGUGCUCCUCGCGCUCACCUCCGCGAAGACCUUCGCGAAGGGCAGGGCCGCCCUGCGCAAGCGCGGCCCCGCCGCUCGCGGCGAGCCCUCCAGCGGCGCGGGCGGCGGCUGGCCCGGCGCAGCCGCCGCCGGCGCACUGGUCGAGGGAGGCCGCGGCCCGGAGGGCGACUGGAGAACGGGCACGGGAGUGCGGCCGGCGUGGUGA